UAUAUAUGUAUAUAUCAGGGCGCGCUUAUCCCAAAACAAACAAACUCACCUUCUUGAUUUGCUCAACCGUUUCUUUCAUCUUCAUUCUCACACUCACAACUUCUUCUCUCUGGAACUCUCGUUCUGCAAACCCUAACUGCCAUGACGAAAUCGAUUUUAGUCACCGGAGGUGCCGGAUUCAUCGGCACACACACUGUUGUGCAACUUCUGAAUCAAGGAUUCAAGGUUACGAUCAUCGAUAACCUUGAUAAUUCGGUCGAAGAAGCUGUUCAUCGAGUCAGAGAUUUAGUCGGUCCUCAGCUCUCACUCAAUCUGCAAUUUCAUUUGGGUGAUAUCAGGAAUAAGGAGGAUUUGGAGAAGUUGUUUUCUCAGUCUAAGUUUGAUGCUGUCAUACACUUUGCUGGGCUCAAAGCUGUGGGUGAAAGCAUGGCUCAUCCGUUUCGUUACUUUGAUAAUAAUCUGAUUGGAUCAAUCACCCUGUACCAAGUCAUGGCUAAGUACAACUGUAAGAAGUUGGUGUUCUCGUCUUCUGCUACUGUUUACGGACAGCCCAAGAUUAUUCCAUGUGUUGAGGACUUUGAAUUGAAGGCAAUGAAUCCGUAUGGGCGCACUAAGCUGUUUCUUGAAGAAAUUGCUCGAGAUAUUCAUACUGCAGAUCAAGAGUGGAAAAUAAUUUUGCUGAGGUACUUUAACCCUGUUGGUGCUCAUGAGAGCGGGAAACUUGGUGAAGAUCCAAUUGGCAUCCCGAAUAAUCUCAUGCCUUACAUACAACAAGUGGCUGUUGGUAGAUUACCGGAGUUGAAUGUUUAUGGUCACGAUUAUCCCACAAAAGAUGGCACUGCGGUUCGAGACUACAUCCAUGUGAUGGAUUUAGCUGAUGGUCAUGUUACCGCACUUCAAAAGCUGUUCACGAAAGAAGACAUAGGUUGUUUUGCCUGCAACCUUGGGACCGGUCGUGGGACCUCAGUUCUUGAAAUGGUCAAUGCUUUUGAGAAAGCAUCUGGAAAGAAAAUCCCUAUUAAAUUUUGCCCAAGAAGGCCAGGAGAUGCAACAGAAGUUUAUGCAUCAACUGAGAAAGCUGCACAUGAGCUUAACUGGAAGGCAAAGUACGGAAUUGAUGAGAUGUGUAGGGAUCAAUGGAAUUGGGCAAGACAGAACCCAUGGGGAUAUAAGAAGCCACCAACCAAAUGAGACACAAGGGGUAUAACAUUCUCCUAGUUGCAACUGUUACUUUUACUCGGCUCUUCUAGUAAAAUACUAGAAUGUGAAUUCUGUUGUUUCGAAGACAUACUUACUUUUACUCAGCUUUUCUAGUAAAAUACUAGAAAGUGAAUUCUAUUCGUUUGGAAGACAUACUUUGUUUGUACUGUUGCAUUACGUUCGAAUAUUUUCUAAGUGUCCAUAUAUGUGAAAAGUGACUGUUUGAUGAA